AUGUCUUUCUUACGAGUAUCGUUAGAUUCCUACAUCUCUGACCUAUGGAGAGGCAUUGAAUUACAUCCUCGAUUCGGCGCAGCAUGGGACCUCAAGAUCUUCCACAAUGGACGCUGGACAAUGACUGCACUUGCUAUAAUAGAUAUCUCCUUCGCAGCCCUCCAAUGGGAAAUCCACGGGUAUAUCACCUACACGAUGAUAUGCGUGAUGCUCCUCCGCAACCUCCUCAUCGUAAACUUCUUCGGAAACGAAGAAUGGUACCUCUGCAGUACGGAAGUAUGCGACGAGCCCUUCGGAUUCUACUUCGCGUGGGGAUCCGGCGUUUUCUUCCCCACGAUAUACACAUUACAGACGCAGUAUCUUGCCAUGAACCCCAUUGAGCUUCCCCUCACUCAUACUAUCUUGAUACUGUCCCUCGGAAUCGCGGGGUUUAUGGUAUACUAUAUUGCCACAGAGCAGAAGAAAGCAGUAAAUGACACGAAGGGUGUCCACGACGUAGGAGACGAAAUGGCCCUAUUUAUUCGUGCUUCGUAUACGACUACUGAUGGGGUGGAAAGGGAGUCACUCUUAUUGUGCAGUGGUAUGUUACUCCCUGAUCAUGAUUUCUCACACUUGAUGCUUAUGAAUAACCUAGGACUGUGGAAAUAUAUCCGACAUCCGAAUUAUCUAGGGCUCUUAAUCUUAACGUAUGCUAUGUGUGGAUUGUGUGGGACUAGGGCCUUGCUUCCUUGGACUGAGGCUUUAUUUGCUACUAUUCUCCUUGCGUAUAGGUGUUUAAGGGAAGAGAGGAACUGUGUCAGGAAGUAUGGCAAAGAUUGGGAGGUUUAUUGUUCGAGAGUGAGGUGGAGAGUUAAUAAAUUGUAUUUAGUUAUUUGA